GACGAAAUGAAAAUGCUGCUAAACACAAGUCGGACUCUUUAAAGCUGGAUGCCACUGCUCCGUCAAGGGAAAUACACAGAACAUGGAUCCUCCUGGCAGACUGGAAAUCUACAUCCCAGCAGAGGCUGAGGUGAAAAACAUCCCUCUGUGGAGCUUACCAAACUCAGUGCUCAGAAGAAUGGGCCUCCCCCUGUCUGACUCUAAGGGCUCCAGGAAGCUUGCAGGCUCUCCAGAAGGCAUAUGGAUUUGUCCAGUAACCUUACGGAGGAAAGGGCAGAAACCAGUAGAAAACAUGUCCUCACUGCUGGGCAGAGAGUUUCGGGCUGCACCGGGUCCCCACCGAAUGUCUUUUGUGUCCCUCAACCGUUCAGCUUACAAGCUGCUCAAGGAUAUCACUCCUGGAAAAGGGGUCUCCACACACAGAUCUCACACCUCUCUGUUACCUCAGGGUUCUGCACCACGGAUCUACCACACUGCUGUGGUCAUUUAUCACGGGAACAUUUACCUGUCCAUCAGGAAGCCUGAUCGAAGCCAGAGUAAACCAGAGGCACGUGACCCACAGCCGACUGCCCAGUCUUCUAUUCCUUCAACAUCAUCAUCUAAAAGCCAGAGGAAGGAGCUGCUGAAUAACAACAGGCCCAAGAAGAAACACACCACGUGUAAAGUAACACACACUGAAAACAAGAAAGAUGUUACACACAAGGUAAGGGACGUAUCCUCAUCCAAGACUGCUCGCUCUGUCCCUCAGUCCACUGGUAGUGUGCACAAAGUGGACAGCCACCGUCACACGGAUGCUAGAGGAGAGCAGGCGGCAGAGGAAGCAGCAGCUCUGGAGCCAGCUUGGUUUCAGCCUGAGGGGGAGGAGGAGCAGGAGGUGGCCAACAAAGACAGUAGUGGAUGUGAGAUGCUGAACCUGGACGGUGAAGAAGCUGAGAGCACCAGUCAGAACAGUGACAUGGACACUAAUAUGCAAAUCGAGGGUGAUGAAGGGAACCAAAGCGGCACCAGGAGAGAGCCUCUGGGUGCAGCUCAUGCCUCCACAUCACUCCUGAAGGAGUUUGACUUUGAGCAGCUGGCUAAAGAAGAGAUGAUCACUCAAAUGAAGGCCAAACUCAGGCAGAACGAAGCUACUCUCAACAACUUCCCUUCUUUAUAAUGGAACAUCAGUGAUUAGGCAUCAGUUCCACAAAAAAUAAACUCGGGUUAAGUUUAUUAGAAAGUAUUUAGGAUGAAGAUUAGUCAUGACAUCGAUUGGUUGAUCUGUGCAUUCAGCACUUUAAUCCAGAGAUGUGAGCGAUAACGUAGAGAUAGUUAUUCUUAAGCUCAUUCAAUGAGUUUGUUCACAGAUGCAUCAGUAUAACAUUUUCUAGCUCCACACCCCCAGAGGUUUUUACUUUUCUGUGCCAGCGACAGCCAGGGCCGGAGGCAUUUUGUUUUCGGGUUGUCCGUCUGUACAUAUGUACGUACGUCGGUCCCAAUAUCGUGGACACGAUAUCUCAGUAACGCUUUGACGGAACUUCUUCAAAUUUGGCACCAACAUUCAUUUGGACUCAAGGAU